UAAGCGGAGAAAUAGGAUGUGAAUACAUUAGUGUAUGAUUACGGAUCCUAAUUAACCUCAGUUUCCCCCUGCCGAUAUUGACUCUUUUGUGUCCUAUAAGUUUGCAUACAAAAACAAUGGUUCACACAAUUAAAACUUUUUUAACAUAUCCACAAGCCUCGUUCUCACGCUCACUCUCUUCCAAGUUUUGUCUUUGUAGGGAACCUUCCACCGUUAGAUUUUGCACCAAACCUGAUACUGCCCAGAACAUGGACAAGGCUCAGAAGCCUAAUAGGGAGGAAACUAAACAUGGGGAUGUGAUGUCACAUUCGUUUGGAGAAGGAUAUGCUACGAGAUGUGAUGAAGAAGGAUUUGGGGGGAUAUAUGGUGAAAACCAAUCCCUUAACACCAAUCAGAAAGAUAAGUCCGUCCAUGAAAAUCAUCCAGAUUAUGACAAGACGCAAGGAAGCGAGGUGAAAGAGAAGGAAAAAGGGAGGCACCAGACCAAUGCCAACGCUUAGGUUUUUCAUGUGUAGACUAUAGUACAGUGUGAUUUGUGCAAUAUACGCAUGUAUUAAUUUGCUGUUAAGAGUUUUUUAUUUUUACUUUCUGAUCUAUUGUUUUUUGUUUUAUUGGUUUUUAAUUUUUUUGUUUUAGAGUAAACAAUUCAGAUAACUUUGAUGUCUUAUGUUUGAAUUUGAAAUUCAACUUAUCAAUUAAGUUAAGAUUUAAAAA